AUGAUUGUCUUUGGUUGGGCCGUGUUCUUAGCAAGCAGAAGCCUUGGCCAGGGUCUGCUGUUGACUCUUGAGGAACACAUAGCCCACUUGCUGGGGACUGAGGGCGCCGCUGCUGCCAUGGGGAAUUCCUGUAUCUGCCGAGAUGACAGUGGAGCAGAAGAUAGUGUUGACACCCAGCAGCAACAGGCCGAGAACAAUGCAGUCCCCACUGUGGACAUAAGAAACCAACCCCGGGAUCCUGUCCGGCCACCACGGAGGGGCCGAGGACCACACGAACCACGGAGAAAGAAACAAAACGUAGAUGGGUUAGUGCUGGACACACUGGCAGUCAUACGGACUCUUGUAGAUAAUGAUCAGGAACCUCCCUAUUCAAUGAUUACAUUGCACGAAAUGGCAGAAACAGAUGAAGGAUGGUUGGACGUUGUCCAGUCUUUAAUUAGAGUUAUUCCAUUGGAAGAUCCAUUGGGACCAGCUGUUAUAACAUUGUUACUAGAUGAAUGUCCAUUGCCCACUAAAGAUGCACUCCAGAAAUUGACAGAAAUUCUGAAUUUAAAUGGAGAAGUAGCCUGCCAGGACUCAGGUCAUCCUGCCAAACACAGGAACACAUCUGCUGUCCUGGGCUGCUUGGCCGAGAAACUAGCAGGUCCUGCAAGUAUAGGUUUACUUAGCCCAGGAAUACUGGAAUAUUUGCUACAGUGUCUGAAGUUACAGUCCCACCCCACAGUCAUGCUUUUUGCACUUAUCGCACUGGAAAAGUUUGCACAGACAAGUGAAAAUAAGCUGACUAUCUCUGAGUCCAGCAUCAGUAACCGGCUGGUCACGCUGGAGUCCUGGACGCACGAUCCCGAUUAUCUGAAACGUCAAGUUGGUUUCUGCGCCCAGUGGAGCUUGGACAAUCUCUUUUUGAAAGAAGGCAGGCAGCUGACCUACGAGAAAGUGGACUUGAGUAACAUCAGGGCCAUGCUGAAUAGCAAUGAUGUCAGCGAGUACCUGAAGAUCUCGCCUCACGGCCUGGAGGCUCGCUGUGAUGCCUCCUCUUUUGAGAGUGUGCGUUGCACCUUCUGCGUGGACGCCGGGGUGUGGUACUACGAAGUAACGGUGAUUACUUCCGGGGUCAUGCAGAUCGGCUGGGCUACCCGCGACAGCAAAUUUCUCAAUCACGAAGGCUACGGCAUCGGGGACGAUGAGUACUCCUGUGCCUACGAUGGCUGUCGGCAGCUGAUCUGGUACAAUGCCAGAAGUAAGCCUCACCUGCACCCGUGCUGGAAAGAAGGAGAUACGGUAGGAUUUCUGUUAGACUUGAAUGAAAAGCAAAUGAUCUUCUUUUUAAAUGGCAACCAGCUGCCUCCUGAGAAGCAAGUCUUUUCGUCUACUGUAUCUGGAUUUUUUGCUGCAGCUAGUUUCAUGUCAUAUCAACAAUGUGAGUUCAAUUUCGGAGCAAAACCAUUUAAAUAUCCACCAUCUAUGAAAUUUAGCACUUUUAAUGAAUACGCCUUCCUAAGAGCUGAAGAGAAAAUCAUUUUGCCAAGGCACAGGCGUCUUGCUCUGUUGAAGCAAGUCAGUAUCCGGGAAAACUGCUGCUCCCUGUGUUGCGAUGAGGUAGCAGACACACAGUUGAAGCCAUGUGGACACAGUGACCUGUGCAUGAAUUGUGCCUUGCAACUGGAGACCUGCCCAUUGUGUCGGAAAGAAAUAGUGUCUAGAGUCAGACAGAUCUCGCAUAUUUCAUGA